AUUUUUAAUUAGCGAGCGCCGAUGGCCAUGAGGAUGAGGAGGAGCUGUUCCUGGCCGGGUCUCUGCGCCUGUCGAGGCUUCGUCUUCGCACAGCUGUGGGCAGUCUCGGCCGCUUCCUGGUGGUUGCUGCCCCUGUGGACCCCGCUCUUCGACCGCUCCGACUCUCCGCUGCUGUGCACCGCGGCGCCGGGUCUCUCCCCCGGACAGCGCAGCCUGUGCCGGCGGCACUCGAACCACGCAGAGGAGGUGGCCAAUGGCGUCCAGCUGGCGCUCGACGAGUGUCGGCACCAGCUGCAGGCCUGGCGGUGGAACUGCACCACGCCCGGCGCCGAGGACACUCUGGGCCCCGUGGCUCAAUCUGGCUCGCGCGAGGCCGCCUUCGUCUCCGCCCUGAUCGCCGCCGGAGUUGUCCACGCGGUGGCGCGCGCCUGCCGCCAGGGGGCGCUGCCGGGCAGCUGCGACUGCGUCGAUGCGGCAGCGGCAAGUCUGCCGCGUGGCGCCCAGCCGGGCUGCGGGGACGACGUCAAAUACGGAUACCGGUUCGCCAGGAAGUUUGUGGACGAGAGCGAGCACGAUCGCAGGCGGCAUGGAGGAGGAGGGGAGUCUCGGCUGGAGCUCGUCCAGAUGAAUUUGCACAAUAAUAAGGCCGGCCGGCUGGCUGUGUACAAUCUGGCGUACACGCAGUGCAAGUGCCACGGGUUGACUGGCGCCUGCACGCUCAAGAUCUGCUGGCCACAGCUCGCAGACUUUCGCAAAGUUGGAAACUUUCUCAAGGAAAAGUACGACGCAAGUUCCGCCGUGCGGCUGGUGACCCACAACUGGAUUGCUCGUUCCGGGGGCGGUGGCGGCGGCGGUGCCGGUGCCGUUACCGGUGGCCGCGAAAGCGGCAAAGCGGCCCGCUGGCCGCGCCUGCACCUGGAGCCGGUGGACGAGGCGUUCGUGGCGCCCACUCCGAGCGAGCUGGUGCACGUGCACGGCAGCCCCGACUACUGCGAGCGCGACGAUGCCCGCGGCGUUCCCGGCACGGUGGGGCGGCGGUGCGACUUGCGCUCCAACGGCACCGGGGAUUGCUCGAUCAUGUGUUGCGGCAGAGGGUACAACACCGUCCGAGUGACGGUGGAGAAGCGGUGCAGAUGCAAGUUCCGGUGGUGCUGCUCCGUCAAGUGCGAGCGGUGCCCGCAGACCGUUGACCAACUCUCUUGCAAGUAGACAAGUAGACUGCAGCCGCAAGCUGCCGGGGUGGCCUCGGCUGGAGAUCGACUCCAGUCGGGGUUCAGCCGAGUCCUGCCGGGUUCGGUGAUCCGUUCAAAGUUGUUGAGGGUGCCAGCACCACGGCAUCCAGCACUACACUAUACACUACACUAUACACUACACUAUACACUACACUAUACACUACACUAUACACUACUAUACACUACACUAUACACUGCACUAUACACUACACUAUACACUACACUAUACACUACACUAUACACUACACUACACACUACUAUACA